AUGCCAUCUAUUGCUCCCCUUAAAUUCAAAACAUCUUUGUAUUUAUCAUCAACAGGAACCUUCACCGAUUGUAUUGGACUAGUUCCUGAUGAGAAUGCACAUGGAAAGCAACGCGCUGUGGUCGUGAAGCUGCUGUCAGUUGAUCCAAAUAACUACUCGGAUGCGCCACGUGAAGGAAUCAGAAGGAUCUUGGAGAUCGCAACUGGAAAGCCACAUCCUCGUGAUAAGCCCGUGGACACCUCUGCUAUUGAACUCAUUCGUAUGGGUACUACCGUGGCUACAAAUGCUUUACUCGAACGCAAAGGAGAAAGAUGCGCACUCUUCAUAACAAGAGGAUUCAAAGAUCUCCUCCACAUUGGGAACCAAUCUCGUCCCAAGAUAUUUGACUUGGCCAUCUUGGCACCUGACGUCUUGUAUGAGCAAGUAGUUGAAGUCGAUGAACGUGUCACGUUAGUCGGAUUUAGCUCCACUGCCGCUGGCAUGAACGUGAAGAUACCGAAGAAUGAUAUGUCGUAUAUUAAAGGUGUUACUGGCGAAUGGGUGCAUGUGAUUGAACCACUAGAUGUAACAGGAGUGCGCAAAGAAUUACAGCGUGUUUAUGAUGAAGGAUUUCGUAGCUUAGCUGUAUGUUUGAUGCACUCGUAUACUUACUCUGAACACGAAAAACAAAUUGGUCAAAUCGCAAAAUCAAUCGGCUUCCCAAGCGUGACACUCUCAUCUUCAAUUAUGCCCAUGAUUAAAAUAGUCCCUCGAGGAACAUCAGCAACAGCAGACGCAUACCUAACUCCAAACAUUCAACGAUAUAUUACAGGCUUCUUUUCAGGAUUCGACGAUGGAAUAACAACUCGGGUCAGGGUUGAAUUCAUGCAAUCUGACGGCGGAUUAUCACCUGUGUCCACAUUUUCUGGGUUUAGAGCUAUAUUGUCUGGCCCUGCUGCUGGUGUAGUUGGAUAUGCUUUAACGUCAUAUGAUGAAGUUGAAGCUAGUCCUGUUAUUGGAUUUGAUAUGGGUGGGACGUCCACUGAUGUGUCCAGAUAUGCUGGACGUUAUGAACAUGUAUUUGAGAGUACUACAGCUGGUGUCACCAUUCAGGCUCCACAGUUGGAUAUUAAUACUGUUGCUGCUGGUGGUGGAUCUCGUCUAUUUUUCAGGAAUGGGAUGUUUGUUGUUGGACCUGAAUCAGCAGGUGCAGAUCCUGGCCCAGCAUGUUAUCGCAAAGGAGGGCCAUUGACCAUAACAGACGCCAAUUUAUAUCUUGGACGACUAGUCCCUGCAUACUUCCCACAUAUAUUCGGCAAAACUGAAAGAGAACCAUUAGAUGAAGCUGCUUCAUCUCGCUUAUUCACCGACUUGACGAACGACAUCAACAAAUUCUUAUCGGCCUCUGAUAAUCCAACUAGUAUGACUCCUGAUGAAGUAGCUUUUGGAUUUGUAAAGGUUGCUGAUGAGAGUAUGUGUCGCCCAAUUCGAGCACUCACGCAAAGCAAAGGAUAUGAUACUGCUAAUCAUAUUCUGGCUUGCUUUGGUGGAGCUGGAGGUCAACAUGCAUGUUCGAUUGCAAGAUCAUUAGGAAUCAAGAAGAUUUUGAUUCAUCGAUACUCGUCAAUUCUCUCUGCAUAUGGAUUGUCGUUGGCUGAUGUGGUGUAUGAAGUCCAGGAGCCAAGCGCCAUAACAUUCGAAACCAAAAACCUCGCCUAUAUACAGACUCGAGCGGCAGCACUAACUAAAGACUGUGUUGCAGAAUUAAAACGACAAGGCUUCCCUUCAGAACUCAUCAUCCCCGAAGUCCAUUUGAAUUUGCGUUAUCAAGGCACAGAUGCUGCAAUGAUGACGUUAAAACCAACUGAUUCGUGGGACUUGAAGACUGAAUUCGUCAAUCAAUACCAACAAGAAUUUGGAUUUACGCUACCUGAUCGUGAUAUCAUUGUGGACGAUAUUCGAAUCCGAGGAAUUGGUAAAUCCACCGGUAUAAUCAAAACCAAUGUCCAUGCUGAAAUGGAUCAUUUGGUCAAGACACGAGUGGGUAAAGAAAAGAGUGAUUCGGUAAACGAGGUGUAUUUUGAAGGUGGCCGUGUAUCGACUCCGAUAUAUAAACUCGACACAAUGAAAGUUGGUGAUGAGAUUGCUGGACCUGCUCUUCUCAUUGAGAAUAAUGCUACGAUUGUUGUGUUGCCGCAUUGUACCGCUGUUGUUACAACUGAGCAUGUUGUUAUCACUGUUGGGGAUGGCAAAAGAGUCAAGGUUGGACCUGAAUUAGAUCCUAUUCAAUUGUCUAUAUUCGGACAUCGUUUCAUGAGUAUAGCUGAACAAAUGGGCCGAACACUCCAAAAGACAGCCAUAUCAACCAACAUUAAAGAACGUUUGGAUUUCUCGUGUGCAUUAUUUGGUCCAGAUGGAGGAUUGGUUGCCAAUGCCCCACAUAUACCAGUGCAUCUUGGAUCCAUGCAAGAAGCUGUGAGAUGGCAAAUGAAGUUUUUGGGUAAAAAGAUUAAAGAGGGUGAUGUCUUGUUGAGUAAUCAUCCCGCGGCUGGUGGUUCACAUUUACCUGAUUUGACGGUGAUUACGCCUGUAUUCAAUAAUGGAAAUAUUGAAUUCUUUGUUGCUAGCAGAGGGCAUCAUGCUGACAUUGGGGGUAUACAACCUGGUUCCAUCCCACCCAAUUCUCGAGAAUUAUACGAAGAAGGAGCAGCCAUCAAGUCAUUCUAUCUUGUUCGAAAUGGCAAAUUUGAUGAAGUUGGAUUGACCAAGAUCUUGAGUACAGAUCCUGCUCAAUAUCCUGGAUGCAGUGGGACGAGAUGUCUCCGUGAUAAUGUCUCUGAUCUCAAAGCUCAAGUCGCAGCAAAUCACAAGGGCAUAACACUAGUCCAAUCACUUAUCAAAGAAUCUGGAUUGGAUGUCGUUCAAGCAUACAUGCAACAUAUUCGAGAAAAUGCUGAAUUGGCAGUUCGAGAAUUGCUCAGAGAUGUUGCCAAGAAGCAUGGUACACAUUUGGAAUCUGAAGAUUACAUGGAUGAUGGAACACGAAUCAAAUUGAAUGUGGAUAUUGAUCCAAAGACUGGAGGAGCAACAUUCGAUUUUACUGGUACUGGCUCAGAGGUAUAUGGAAACACGAACGCACCACCAGCAGUAUGCUACUCUGCCAUAAUAUACUGUCUACGCUGUCUAGUCAACAUGGACAUGCCAUUGAACCAAGGAGCAUUAAACCCAGUAAACAUAAUCAUUCCACCAGCUUCAAUCCUCUCACCAUCCGAUUCAGCUGCCGUAGUUGGUGGCAACGUCAUGACUUCACAACGAUUAUGCGAUGUUGUGUUGAAGGCCUUCCAAGCAGCUGCUGCAUCUCAAGGAUGUUGUAAUAAUUUCACGUUUGGAAUGGGUGGAUCGAAUGAGACUGGUGAUGAUGGAUUUGGAUAUUAUGAGACUAUUGCUGGAGGUGCUGGUGCUGGACCGUCAUGGGAAGGAAGAAGUGGUGUUCAUACUCACAUGACUAACACUCGAAUAACGGAUCCAGAAAUUCUAGAACGACGAUAUCCAGUCAUUUUGAGACAGUUCGGAUUACGGCCAGGAUCUGGUGGUUCCGGCCUACAUCGUGGUGGAGAUGGUGUCAUAAGAGAACUCGAGUUCUUGGAAAAGUUGGACGUCUCCAUACUAUCUGAACGUCGUGUUUUCAGACCUUAUGGACUGAAUGGUGGUGAAGACGGUCUACAAGGAAUGAAUUUACUCAUACGAACCAACCCUAAAACACAUGAAUCAAGAACAUUGAAUCUUGGAGGAAAGAAUGCUGCUGUUGCUAUGCCUGGUGAUCGUAUUAGGAUAGAAACGCCAGGUGGUGGAGGUUGGGGUAAAGCUGGUACUAUGAAGAGGAAGGCAGAUGAAACUGGUGAAGAAUCUCGCAAUGGUGGUGCCAAAGUUGUUAGACGUGAAGGUGGUGGUUCGCUUGCAGCAUAUCAUGAUGCCCAACAUAGUGCCUAG